AUGAGGCAGCACAUACAUAAAACAUCGCCAGUAUUGGAUUUGUUGAAAACUAAAGUUCCAGGCUACGGCGUAGUUAGGAUUUCAUCCAAAAAUCAUCAAGACUCUCAUAGUAUUGCACCAAUACCAGGAUUGCCGCCAAUUAAUCAACUUAAAAUUUUGCAUAGAAACCAAAUAGUAUCAGUCUUUCAAUCGAUGUGUAAGUAUGGCAUAGCAAAAUCACUGCCCGAGUCAUACAUAAAUUCCGUUUGCAACAGGGCUAUGGAGAUACACUUAUCACUAUUACCAGAUGACAUAAAUAUAAUACUUAAAUCUUUACAAUGGGUUAACUAUAGACAGAAGAAUCUAGUACAGGUUAUGUCAAGUGAUUUAAGGAGAUUGCACCUAAAUUUGACACUAGAUCAGAUAGCCUCAGUGCUAAGAUCAUUCGCCAAAAUACAUUCUAGAUCUACAAAAACUAUAAGAUUACUGGUUGAUGUUGCAAUCAAGUUCAAGGAAGAACAAUUUCAGCUAUGGCAUAUUAGAGAAAUAUUAUCUUCACUAGCUAGAUUACGCGCUAACAAACUAUCUGUUAAUGUUGAAAAGUUGUCAAUUUUGAUUCAACACAGAAUACCUACUUUACUGAGCGUAAUGUCAUGUUUUGAUAUGGCAAUAAUUGCUAAUUCACUAGUAAAAAUGCCAAAUUUCUCCCCAGAAAUAAUCAAAAAAAUUGGUUACAAAAUGAAUCAAUUGCUACGAAAUUCGACUUUGAGAGAUUUAUCACUUAUUUGUAAUUCAUAUGUUAAGGCACAGAUUCCUUGUGAUGAUUUCAUCAAGAAUUUAGUUAAUCAUUCAAUACAUUUAAUAGAUGAUCAAGUUUCAUCCAUUUUUAACAAUGACAAAGUUACGAUCAAUGGGCUUGACAUAUCAAUAUUGCUAAACUCAUUGCUUAGACUUGACUAUUUGACUGAGGAACUUGCCAAUAAAAGUAUACCAUUGGUUAUGUAUAUGUCCCAUACCUUUACUCCCCAAAGUAUGGCUAACAUUAUACACGCCUACGCCAAAUCCAAUGUCAAGGAAGCGGCAUUAACUAAUAGGCUAGGGGAUAUCGCUGCAAAGAGAGCUAAAAAGUUUAAUGCACAGGAAUUGGGUAUGUUGGCCAAGGGGUUUGCCCAUUUGAAAUUGGAUAGCAAAAUUUUCUGGGAAAGGUUGGCGGACGAGGUAAUGUACAGGGGUACAAUAGGCCGUAAUUUUAAUGAGUUUCAAUUUGAUUUGAUGGCACUGGAAAAUCUUGCUUUUGGAUUUAGCAGAUACAAGUGUUGCGAUUCUCAUCUCUUCUAUAUUAUAAAUCAGUUACUCAAGCAGGAACUAAAAAAAUCUGAAGAUUUGACGCUACGUUUCGAAACAAUAUCUAGCCUGAUCUAUUCUUUCUCCAAUGCUAAGAUGAAACAUAUAGAAUCCAUACUACCAGUGGUGACUGGUCAACUAGUUAAACUCAGUGGUACAAUUUCAAACGACUCAAUUAUGUUGCUUAUGAGGUCUUGCAACAAAUUAUCCAUGAAACAGCCCAAAUUAAUGAAUUUGUUGGUGAAGGAAUGCGAUAAGAGGACCAAUAUAUUCAGCAUUCCGAGUCUAAUAAAAUGUUUGCAAUCGCUAUCAUCCCUUGGCCAUUUUAAUUUAUUACUGAUAAAAAAUUCACUUAAAAGGAUUGCAAUACAUUUGCAGCAGCUUUCUGUAACCGAUCUAGUGGAUUUAUUAAUGGCUAUGCGCGAUUUCCAGUACAGAAAUGUGGCGCUGUUAAAACGCAUUUGUAUUAAUCUUCAAUUGAAGUUUGAUCAAAUUGGAUUAAAACAAGCUUGUAUAGCAUAUAAUUCUAUGUGCUUGCUUCGAUGCACCGAUUUAAAACUUUAUAAUUGCUUGGCUAGGAAAAUUUUGUCUAACCAAUUCCAGUUGUCGCAGGAGCUCGCAUCACAAAUAUCACUUUCUACUUUGUUAUUGCGCGUCCACUUAAAGUAUUACGAUGAUGAAUUGAAAAGGAAUGGCAGGGUUAUGAUAUUGGAGUUUGAAUUAUUUGACCAACUUUUAACUUCUAUGUUAAAUCUAUUGGACCAAUUCACUGAAUCAUUACAUGUGUUCACUCUGUAUACAUUGCAGACUGUACAGUUGUAUUACAAAUAUCUGUACUUGGAAGGAUACAACAGAUUGUCAGAUAAUUUAAAGGAAUUGCUUGAAAAGGCAAUAAAGGCAAGGAUUUCCUUUAACGAAUAUUUGCCAAAAUCAUCAAGUUCCCACAGAGAAUUAUCUACCUAUUUAUUUGCAGCUGGUGUAAACCAUUUGAACGAAGUUAGACUUGGACCAUAUUCAUUGGAUAUAGUAAUAAGUAACACAAAAACUGUGAUAGAAUAUGAUGGACCCAGUCAUUUCUACUGCGAAACUACAAUGAGAAGUCCAAAAUCUCUACUCAAACAUGAUAUUCUGAUUAGUAUGGGAUACAAUUUGAUUCACGUGCCAUUUUUUGAGUGGGAACAGCUAAAUUCCCCCAAGAAAAAACUAUUAUAUUGCAUAUCCCUGGAUAUACAAAACACAAAUGUAGUGGAAAGUGUUAGCUGCGCCACUAUUGACACUUGUACAAUGAUAAGCACAUAA